AUCUUAACUCUAAUCAACUACCUAUCCUUCCUAUACCAACUCACUCACACCCACAUCCACACUAAGAAGAGAAUAAGAAGAAAAAAAAUAUGGCCCUCAACGGAAAAGUCGCCCUCAUCACCGGCGGCGUCAAGAACCUCGGUGCCGCUGCUGCUCGCGAGCUCGCAUCCUCCGGCGCAAACCUCGCCCUCCACUACCACUCCGACAGCAGCAAGGGCGAUGCUACGACACUAGAGGCCGAGCUGAAGAAGUCCUACCCUAACAUCAAGGUCGCGUUCUACCAAGGAAACCUUACCUCCGCCGGAGCCGUGACGAAGCUCUUCCAGGAUGCCCUGAAGGAUUUCGGAAAGAUUGAUAUCGUGGUCAACACGGUGGGCAAGGUCCUCAAGAAGCCUAUUACCGAGAUAACGGAGGAGGAAUAUGAUACUAUGUUUGCAAUCAACUCUAAAACAGCAUUCUUUGUCCUCAAAGAAGCUGCCGCGCAUGUCACGGACGGGGGCAAGAUCAUCACGAUCGUCACUGCUCUCCUCGGCGCUUUCACAGGAUACUAUACCUCCUACGCUGGUAGCAAGGCUCCCGUCGAGCAUUUCACUCGAGGCGUCUGCAAAGAACUUCAAUCCCGCCGCGUCAGCGUCAACAACAUUGCCCCGGGACCAAUGGACACCCCAUUCUUCUACCCCCAGGAAUCUCCUGAGGCUGUCGAGUUUCACAAGUCCAACGGUAUGGGCAACCGUCUGACGAUGGUCGAGGAUAUCGCUCCGAUUGUUCGGUUCCUCUGCACGGAGGGCGCCUGGAUCACUGGUCAGACCAUCUUCGCUAACGGUGGAUAUACUACUCGCUAAAGGUGUGAUUUAUGUGAAAUGAACAUCUGGUGUUAUGAUAAUGCCGAAGGUGUAUGAGGUUUUGAUACCGUGGUUUGGCGAUCUAAAAAUAAUGUGGUCAAGAUAUCAGGAGCUUGGAUGGUGAAGUUUU